ACCCAACCCAAUCCACCCCCACCCUACCCGUACCAUAACCCCGAUUUCUCUUAAAACAUCUUCAUAACACAAUCAUAAAUUCACCAAUUUCGGUUAUCUCAAGAGAAACCUUGUCCAAUUCCCAAACCACCCUUCUAAUCAUUUGAUAUCUUCUUUUUAUAUAUUUGCCACCUCGGGGUAUAUUCGGAAACUUACUUGCAAAGACUGUGUUGCUUAAGAUCGAUGAAGUCGGCCUAGAGGUAACGAAAACGGGUGUUUUGGUAUUGAUGUUGAUGGGGUUUGAGAGAAGCUUCAUUAUUAGUUUUGUGAUGCUAUGCUGUUUAUGUUCGUUGAGAGAAAUCAAGGGCGUGGACAAUUCUACCCUUCGUUCUUUAGAUGACCUUUUUCUUGAAUAUGCGGAGAAUUCACUACCAAGUCGACCUCAAACAGGUGUUUUAUAUAAUGCAUCUUUGCCUUCAAAUUUUACAGGUGUUAAUGUUUCAAUCAUUCGCCUACGAAGGGAUAGUUUCUGGAGGAAAGGGGCAAAUUAUAGUGGAUUUUAUAUGCCACCGAGGAUAUUCUCAUUGCCAAAUUUCACAAGGUUAGAUAUGGUUUUCUCAAAUCUUGGGAACAUGUCUUCUUACUACUACAAUGUACCAAAUUAUACUCUUGUCGCCUCUGUUGUUGGUUUCAAUGCCUAUGGUUCAAGAAACUCGACAGGGCAAUUUGGUAAUUUGACCACUCAGAUGACCAAACUAAAUCUCACCCUCUUCGGAGGCCCAAUUUUGGUCCAAUUUCCCAACUUCUCACUCCCACAAAACGAAAAACCAAAAUGUGUUGUGUUUUAUAUAAACGGGACAGUUGAAAUGACCAACAUGACCCUACAAGACAUGUGUGCCGUGCACGAUCAAGGGCAUUUCUCGAUCAUUGUACCACACCCAACGAUGGUGCCGCAUACCCCGAAAGAGAAGGAGAAAGGGCAAUUGUGGAAAUGGUGGGUGUUUGGAUUUGCUAUAGGGAUAUUAGGGUUGUUAUUUUUUGGGAUUGUUAUAUUUAUUAUAGUUAGAGCUUUUAGAAUGAGAAAACUUGAAAAAAUGGAAAAAGAGGCAGAAAGGAGUGAAGCUUUAGGCGCAACAAAUGUUGGGCAAAGUAGAAUGCCUUUGGCUUCAGCUGUUAGAACACAGCCUACGAUUGAAAAUGAUUACCAUCCAUAAUUCUUUUUUAAUUUUUGAUUUUUUGGAUUCAUAUAUAAACUGUAAUGUGAAUAUAACUACAUUUAUAAAAUAAUAUUUUGGGUUUUUUGUAAUAGUAAAUUGGAUAAUCA